ACACAAGGGGCCAGGGAUCGAACCUACAACCCAGGUCCUAAGACCUUUGGAUUGUCUGACCCAAAAGACCAUCAAGUAAUCACAGCAAUAGAGUAUCAAGAGGUUAUUUUAACCUGCAAAUUCCCAAGGAAGACCCCGGCCUCCAGAUUAGAGUGGAAGAAACUGGGGCAGAGUGUCUCCUUUGUCUACUACGGCCAGGAUCUCAGAGGUGACUUUAAAGAUCGAGCUCAGAUGAUGGAUUUCAGUAUCAGGAUCAAAAAUGUUACAAGAAAUGAUGCCGGGAAAUACCGUUGUGAAGUUAGCACCCCAACUAACGAAGGCCAAAGGCUGGAAGAGAACACGGUCACUCUAGAAGUAUUAGUGGCUCCAGGAGUUCCAACGUGUGAAGUCCCCAAUUCUGUUCUGAGUGGAACCGUGGUGGAGCUGCGGUGUCAAGACAAAGAAGGGAACCCAGCUCCUACAUACACGUGGUUUAAGGAUGGCACCCGCCUGUUUGGGAAUCCCAAACUUGACGCCCAAGUCACCAACAGCUCUUACACAAUGAAUACGAAAUCUGGAACUCUGCAAUUUAACACUGUUUCAAAACUGGACAGCGGAGAGUAUUACUGCGAAGCCCGUAACUCUGUUGGAUUUCGCAGGUGCCGUGAGAAACGAAUGCAAGUAGAUGAUCUCAACGUGAGUGGCAUCAUAGCGGCCGUGGUGGUAGUGGCCUUAGUGGUUUCCAUUUGUGGCCUUGGUGUGUGCUAUGCCCAGAGGAAAGGCUACUUUUCAAAGGGAACCUUCCAGAAGAGUAACUCUGCAUCUAAAGCCACUCCAAUGGGUCAAAAUGAUUUCAAGCACUCAAAAUCCUUUAUAAUUUAAAAGAAUUCCACCUCUGAAAUACACCAAUACCACAGUUGUUCACAAGUUAUUAAAAGAUUAUAACACUCUGCUUUGUCUUACAUUUGCAAAGAGGUACAUAAGGAGAUGAAAUUGGUAUUUUAUUAAAAUUUUUAUGAACACUAAA